AAAGAAGACAUUUAGAGGGUAAAGGCCACACGAAGUAGGCAGGGCACACGCAACAGUCAACCAGCUGACAAUAGAGAGGACAUUCAGUUCCUUUUGUUGUCUACAACCAUCCUGAGACCCUUUCUGGGUGAACAAUAAAGCCAGCAGCUGAAAGAGAAAGAGAGAGAAAACUAGAGAGAGAGAGAGAGAGAGAGAGAGAGAGAGAGACGGAGAACUGUACCUUUAUUGGGUGGAGGAAGACUUCACUAUCCAGCCGGUUGCCAUGAGGUUCCCCAAGCUGCCCAACCCGGGUUUGGAUGACCGGAUCCCGUCUCAUAAGGAGCUGGAGAGGAUGGAGAAGGAGGAGGCUGGGGACAGGCCCAAAUGGGACAACAAGACCCAGUACAUGCUGACCUGUGUGGGCUUCUGUGUGGGGCUGGGGAACGUGUGGAGGUUCCCUUACCUGUGUCAGAGCCAUGGAGGAGGAGCGUUUAUGAUCCCAUUCCUGAUCUUGCUGGUUCUGGAGGGGAUUCCACUGCUGCACCUGGAGUUUGCUAUCGGACAGCGCCUCAGGAGCGGCAGUGUGGGAGUGUGGGGCUCUGUCAACCCUUACCUCACUGGCAUUGGUAUUGCCUCCAUGUUGGUAUCAUUCCUGGUUGGGAUGUACUACAACACCAUCAUGGCCUGGAUCAUGUGGUACCUCUUCAACUCCUUCCAGGACCCCUUGCCUUGGAGUCAGUGUCCCCUCAAUGCAAACAAGACAGGUCUGGUGUCAGAAUGCGCACGGAGCUCCUCAGUGGAUUACUUCUGGUACAGAGAGACACUGAACACCUCUACGGCCAUAGAUUUAUCUGGAGGCCUUCAGUGGUGGAUGGUGCUAGCCCUGGUGUCUGCCUGGACUUUACUCUAUGUCUGCUGUAUCAGGGGGAUUGAGACUACUGGCAAGGCUGUGUACAUAACAUCCACUCUGCCCUACUUGGUCCUCACCAUCUUCCUGAUCAGAGGACUGACUCUGAAAGGUUCUCUGGAUGGAAUCAAGUUCCUCUUCACACCAGACGUAAAUGAGUUGAUGAACCCGUCUACCUGGCUGGAUGCAGGUGCACAGGUGUUCUACUCUUUCUCCUUGGCCUUCGGAGGUCUCAUCUCCUUCUCCAGCUACAACUCUGUGCACAACAACUGUGAACAGGAUGCCGUCAUUAUCUCCGUCAUCAAUGGAGCCACCUCCGUCUACUCUGCUACCGUCAUCUACUCCAUCAUAGGCUUCAGGGCAACGGAGAAGUUUGACGACUGCUCGGAUGGUAACAUCAUGACCCUUGUGAAUGUAUUUGAUCUCCCUGAGAACUUCAUCACUGUGAACAACUAUGAGGAAGUUCUCCAAGGUUUCAACAGCACGUCACCAGACAUCAUCCAGGGAUUAAACCUGAAGACCUGUGAUCUACAGCAGUUUCUCAGUCAGGGUGUGGAGGGAACUGGUCUGGCCUUCAUCGUGUUCACAGAAGCCAUCACCAAGAUGCCUGUCUCUCCUCUCUGGUCUAUCCUGUUCUUCAUCAUGCUCUUCUGUCUUGGACUGUCCACCAUGUUUGGGAACAUAGAGGGGGUCGUGGUGCCCCUUCAGGAUCUCAACAUCUUCCCCAAGUGGCCCAAAGAAGUCUUGACAGGUGUCACUUGUAUCGUUUGCUUCACCGUCGCUCUCAUAUUCACCCAGCGGUCUGGUAACUACUGGCUGGCUCUGUUCGACGGCUUUGCCGGCUCCAUCCCCCUCCUAGUCAUCGCCUUCUGUGAAAUGGUGUCUGUUGUUUACAUCUAUGGGAUAGACAGGUUUAACGCAGACAUCGAGUUCAUGAUUGGACACAAGCCCAACCUGUUCUGGCAGGUGACCUGGAGGUUCGUCAGUCCAGUCAUCAUGCUGGUGAUUUUCAUCUUCUACUUCGUCACCCAGGUCAGCGGGGAGCUGACCUACCUCGUAUGGGACCAAGACGCGGAAGAGUUCCCUACUCUGGCAGACCGUCAGUAUCCUGACUGGAUCUACUUUAUCAUCUUUAUUUUGGCUGGCAUUCCCAGUCUGGCUGUCCCUGGAGUCGCCAUAUUCAAAUUCAUCUACAACCGCUGCUGCCAGAAAGACGACGGCUUCAGAGAAGACACGAUCAACUCUGUCUCCGCUAAAAUACAGAUGAUAGAAAAAAACGAUGGACUAAAGUAACAGGUUCACCUUCAGUUCAGGAUUUCAAUGAAAUUUUUUUUAUUUUUUUGUUAGUUUUUUUUUUUAAACAUUUUUCUUUUUGUCAUCUGGAACAAUUGAAGAUGCCCAAUACAUUACGCAAAUUAAGGUGGAAAGCAUAGAACAGGAGUCUGUCUCCAACAGGUCGAUCGCCACCUACCAGUAGCACACAGUUCACCAGACUAUUCUGAAAGUACAUGCAAUUUUCACGUGUUCCACCGCAAACUGCCAUAAACAAAUCUCAUAAGUAUCAGACACCGCAAGCUCCCAGCGACUAUCCAAUCAAAGCCACAUUAACUUUAUCCCGCCCCCCGGGUUAGCCACUAUUGGCUUUAAAAAAAAAAAAGCCACGCCUAACACAAUAUCUGCCAAUUAAUUUCCAGCAGAUAUUGCCCCUGUCUGUCUGUGUGCUACAAGCCUUUGUCUAUCAAAACCGUCUUGUGUGCUGACAGAAAUAAUUUCCCCAAAACCUUCUCAAUUAAAUGUUAACUGUGAAGUAGGCUUACCUGGUAGAAGUAUAUAAUGAGGAAGUAUAUCAAUGUAUCUUUGUUAUUUGCUAACUUUGCCAUGCAAUGAGCAGCAGCAGUACAGAACCAUCACUAGACCGGAGUAAUUAACUAGUGAUGGCACAUUCCUCACUUGCUAGAGAUGCAAUUAAAGGGCCAGAUGCUCAAUUAAAGGGGAAUUACACACACACACAACAACAAAAGAACAUCGUUCAGACCUAAAUUUGCUUUUCUUUAGGCAUUGACAUAGACUCAGAACAUCCAUUUUCAUUGUUUCUCUAAUAAACUAUUUAUAAGAGGGAAAAAUAAACUGAGAACAUAAUUUGGGAAAAUAUAAAACAAAAUUUUUUGGGGGGAGGUUUCUGAUUAUAUAGCCCCCCCCAACUUGGGGGGAGUUGUUUAAUAACAAUUAUUUUACCAGGUAUAUUGACAGAAAAACAUAGUGUACAACAGAAAGUAGUGCACUAAAGAUCCAGGGAAGAGUUGACAACAUAGUGCCCUACUUCCUGUUGAACACUAAGGACCCAGGGGAAGAGUUGACAACAUAGUGCCCUACUUCCUGUUGUACACUAAGGACCCAGGGGAAGAGUUGACAACAUAGUGCCCUACAGUUUGAUUGGUUCGUUGAUUGAUUGAUUUCCUGUCUUGUUUGUAUACAAAAUAAAAAACCUAAAAAAAAGA